AACCAAAGUGACAAGUUCAGAAGGAAUUGAUUCUGCUUUCCAAGUGAGAAGUAGGCAAGUGACAGUCAGAUUUUCAAUGGAUGAAAUUAUUGCUAUCACAUCAGAUGUUUCAGGGCAAGAAAAUUUGGCUUGGUUUACUCACGUGCUGAAAAAUUGGAUUGGUUUCGGAUACCUGGGAGAAAAUGCAAGAUACGUGGUUUACAUUUUUGGACUGCUAUUAAUGCUUUUAAUGCUGUCACAGGCGAUAUAUCUCUCGAUAUUUUGCAUGAUGUACAUUUGUGGCUUUCUUCUCUAUAUUUACAAGAAAAUGAAUAACAUAGUUCAAGACACUACUACUGAAGCAUGGGCCACACCAAGAAGGUGUCUUGCAAGCGCUUUGCAUAUAAUUGGAAAGAUAUGGCAUGGUUAUGAAGUUAUUGGCACAGAGCAUAUACCAGAAGGACCAGGGGUCAUUGUUUAUUAUCAUGGAGCUUUUGUUGUGGAUUAUGUGUUCUUUGUAGCUAGAUUAUAUACACAGACUGGAAGACACAUCUACAGUUUAGCUGAUAAUGGGUUGUUUCUACUUCCAGGUAUCAGACCAGUUCUUGAUUUUUUUGGUUGCCUAAAUGGCAAUAAAGACGAAUGUGUGAAAAUUCUGAAGAAAGGCCAUUUAUUGGGGAUAGCACCUGGUGGACUUAGAGAAGGAAACUUUAGUGAUGAGAACUACAACCUAAUGUGGGGUAAACGUACAGGUUUUGCGCAAGUGGCUUUACAGGCCAAAGUGCCCAUCAUUCCUAUGUUUACACAAAAUCUUCGAGAAGGAUACAGAACAUAUGGAAAAAUAUCACCACUGAAGUGGCUGUAUGAGAAGACUCGGAUAUUAAUCCUUCCCAUUUACGGAGGGUUUCCAGUCAAAUUCCGCACAUAUAUUGGAGAACCCAUCCCAUAUGAUCCGGAUAUCACUGCUAAGGAGCUGGCUGAAAAGACAAAGGUUGCCCUUGAAAAUAUUCAAAACAGAUACCAAAAGAGACCAGGAAAUAUAUUAAGAGCCCUGUUAGAACGAUUUGAUAAAUAUCACAAAGAGAACUAGUCUGUCCUCUUAUGGCUUUCAAUGUUCUGGUGGAUGACUUAUGCUAGGAAUGAGACAUGAUGUGUUUGUACCUGUUGGUUCUGCUGGACCUCUUGGUGGGUUUCCUUGGUGGUAUGCUUCUGGGCAGACUUGCCAGUAUGGGACUUGGAGGCACUGUUUUACAGUGACUCUGUUUCUUCCUGGAGGGAUGAACCCAGAAGAUGGUGCUGGAGAACUCCUGUUUGAUGGCUUAGCUGUUGGCAUGUGGGGACUUUUGUGGGGUCCCUCAAAGUUCUAUUCUGUCCC